CUAACGUAUGUGGCCUUUAAAAGUUAAAACCUUUACAUCCCGGACUGUAUGACCUGCCUCUACACGUAUGAGCCGCGGUGGGCGGGGCUAAUAACUACCCAGACAGGCAUCAUUACAAACACACCAGCUGCUCUCCUUGUAUCGGUUACUUUCUGUACACAGUUGUCUUUCUGAAAUAAUGCCUUCAACGUUUUAAUGUGCGCUCUUUGACUGAGUUCAGUUUGUCGCUUAGAUAUUUAAGAGUUUGCAACUUUUGUUUUCAAUGGGUUGAAGAAUGUGAAGUCGCUUUGGGAGGGAAAUAACGGUACAGGACGUUAGCCGACUGUUAGCUUACCAGCAGCAACAGGUCGGUGACAAAACAUGGUGAUGGAGCGCGCGACUUUUUCAAAGUACUCGUGGAUCGACUUCGUCUUCUCUGUGGUCGGAGUAUGUACCUUCCUGGUGGACUGGGGCUCGGACGUGUGGGUGGCCACCGAGUUUUACUGCCGCGGGGACCUGUUCUGGUUCGGGGUGCUGGUCGGCCUCAUGGUGCUGUCGUCUAUCGUGGUCCAGAUGUUCAGUUGGUUCUGGUUCAAGUAUGACCGAGAGCUGCCGGGGUUCAGCGCUCAGACCGAGGGAGGAACCGUCCUGUUCGGGGACCGAGUCAAGCUGUCCUGCGUGCUGCAUGUGCUGCAGCUGGGCUUCCUCUGCAGGCACAUCUUUGCCAUACGACAAGGCUUCAGGGUGUGGUGGCGGAAAGAGGAAGGGUCAGAGUACGCCGUUUACCUGACACAUGACCUCAGCAUGCUCCGGCUUAUCGAGACAUUCUGUGAGAGUGCUCCUCAGCUCACCCUGAUGAUCUACGUCAUGCUGCACACAAACAAAGCCAGGACGGUUCAGUUUGUUAGCAUUGCUGCAUCAACUACUUCCAUAGCCUGGAUGGUGGUGGAUUACCACCGCUCUCUGCGCUCCUUCCUCCCAGACAAGGCCAAGCAGGGCUGGUGUUCCUCUUUAAUCUACUUCCUGUGGAACCUGCUGCUCAUCGCCCCGCGUGUUGCAGCCCUUGCCCUCUUUGCCUCAGUCCUGUCCUGGUAUAUUGCUAUCCACUUUCUGAUGUUGUGGCCUGUCUUUGUGACGUGGGCCUGGCGACAGGGGACAGACUUCAUGGAUAGCACCGGGGGUGAGUGGCUCUACCGGGCUACCGUAGGGCUUAUUUGGUACUUCAGCUGGUUUAACGUAGCAGAGGGUCAGACCAGAGGCAGGAGCAUCAUCUACCAUUCUUUCAUCACCACUGAUGGAGGAAUCCUGCUGGCGACUUGGUGGUUUUACAGGGACCCUGUCCAGACUGAGUCGUACGCCCUCGCUCUGCUCAUUGCUCUACCUUUCAUCUACCUCCUGGGACUGUUUUUCAAAUCCCUUUACUACUGUUGCUUCCACCCCAAGCUGUGGAGGCCCCCGUCGAGGGACCCAGGACUGCCUGAUGAUCUGCCCGAUGCAGAAGUGUCCUUUAAAGACUCUACCAUCCAGGACGGCACCCUGUCCUCCCACCUCCUCAACAAACGGAUGGCCUGCCAUGCUGCUCACUUUUAUUUAGAGCAAGCAGUUAUUAGAAACACUGAUAGCGCGAAUGGAGCAGAGUCGUCACAUCUGUGAUGUCUUACUUUUUGUGUCACGGCCAGCUGUGGACUUGUUUGGUAGUGACUGAAAUCAACAGUCUCUCUAGACUGUCUCUUAUUUGUGCUGCAGAGUCACCUGGUGCUCAGUUGGGAUGGGAAUUGAUAAGAUUUUAUUGAUACCAAUACCAUUAUCGAUAUUGCUUAUCAGUUCAAAUCUUUGUCGAUUCUGUUUUUUGAUUUUGGGUCUUUCUUGUGUGUGUUUCACAGGUUUUCAGCAUCACAGUGCAACAGUUUUAUUAUCUCUGAGUCUGAACACAAUAUAGAUUAAAUGAGAGAAUAUUUGCACGCAUUUGUUUUCAUCCAGGCUGUUUUAGUCAAAGAAAGAAUCUGCUAAACCGGCCUGUGUGAUGCCACUGUCAUUAUAAUGUACUUAGAUAUUUACCCUCAGUAACUGACAUGCUGCUCAGUUGGGAAGCAGUAGCACCUGUGUGGAGUGCCAAAUGCAUGGCAUUCCUGGAAAUGAAGUGCAUGUUGCGUAGUGAGAUGUUUCAGCAUAUUGCAGGUGUUUCCAUCCUUACUUGAAAUGAUCAUUGUACGGACAUACAAGCAGCACUGUUGUCAUCUUUCUUCGUGAAGUGAGGCCACACUUUGGACAUAUUUUCCUUUAUGGCUAUGACUCCUUGUUGCAAGUUUCCAUCGGUGUAGAAGCAGGAGUUUAUGUCAUUGUUUUGCAAAGUGCAAAUGUCAGAGAAAAAUGCCAGAACCAAUAAGCUCAGAGGCAUACCAUUCCAACGGAUAGAACAGUUUGGACAGGGUUUUCAAUUGGACCCAGUUCUUGAUUCCCAUCCCUAGUGCUCAGUGUAAUUUGAACCAAAAUGCAGGCUC